AUGUCCUCCUCGUCCGGAUUCUGCCAGGGGGAGAGGGGUGCGGAGACCAGUGGAGAGGGAGCAGUGGGAGUGGGGGCGUGGGGAGCAGUGGGAGUGGGGGCGUGGGGAGCAGUGGGAGUGGGGGCGUGGGGAGCAGUGGGAGUGGGGGCGUGGGGAGCAGUGGGAGUGGGGGCGUGGGGAGCAGUGGGAGUGGGGGCGUGGGGAGCAGUGGGAGUGGGGGCGUGGGGAGCAGUGGGAGUGGGGGCGUGGGGAGCAGUGGGAGUGGGGGCGUGGGGAGCAGUGGGAGUGGGGGCGUGGGGAGCAGUGGGAGUGGGGGCGUGGGGAGCAGUGGGAGUGGGGGCGUGGGGAGGGAGCAGUGGGAGUGGGGGCGUGGGGAGCAGUGGGAGUGGGGGCGUGGGGAGCAGUGGGAGUGGGGGCGUGGGGAGCAGUGGGAGUGGGGGCGUGGGGAGCAGUGGGAGUGGGGGCGUGGGGAGCAGUGGGAGUGGGGGCGUGGGGAGCAGUGGGAGUGGGGGCGUGGGGAGCAGUGGGAGUGGGGGCGUGGGGAGCAGUGGGAGUGGGGGCGUGGGGAGCAGUGGGAGUGGGGGCGUGGGGAGCAGUGGGAUGGGAGUGGGGGACGUGGGGAGCAGUGGGAGUGGGGGCGUGGGGAGCAGUGGGAGUGGGGGCGUGGGGAGCAGUGGGAGUGGGGGCGUGGGGAGCAGUGGGAGUGGGGGCGUGGGGAGCAGUGGGAGUGGGGGCGUGGGGAGCAGUGGGAGUGGGGGCGUGGGGAGCAGUGGGAGUGGGGGCGUGGGGAGCAGUGGGAGUGGGGGCGUGGGGAGCAGUGGGAGUGGGGGCGUGGGGAGCAGCGGGAGUGGGGGCGUGGGGAGCAGCGGGAGUGGGGGCGUGGGGAGCAGCGGGGGUGGGGGCGUGGGGAGCAGCGGGAGUGGGGGCGUGGGGAGCAGCGGGGGUGGGGGCGUGGGGAGCAGCGGGAGUGGGGGCGUGGGGAGCAGCGGGAGUGGGGGCGUGGGGAGCAGCGGGGGUGGGGGCGUGGGGAGCAGUGGGGGUGGGGGCGUGGGGAGCAGCGGGGGUGGGGGCGUGGGGAGCAGUGGGAGUGGGGGCGUGGGGAGCAGUGGGAGUGGGGGCGUGGGGAGCAGUGGGAGUGGGGGCGUGGGGAGCAGUGGGAGUGGGGGCGUGGGGAGCAGCGGGGGUGGGGGCUGGGCAGUGGAGUGGGGCGUGGGGAGCAGUGGGAGUGGGGGCGUGGGGAGCAGUGGGAGUGGGGGCGUGGGGAGCAGUGGGAGUGGGGGCGUGGGGAGCAGUGGGAGUGGGGGCGUGGGGAGCAGUGGGAGUGGGGGCGUGGGGAGCAGCGGGGGUGGGGGCGUGGGGAGCAGUGGGAGUGGGGGCGUGGGGAGCAGCGGGGGUGGGGGCGUGGGGAGCAGUGGGGGUGGGGGCGUGGGGAGCAGCGGGGGUGGGGGCGUGGGGAGCAGCGGGGGUGGGGGCGUGGGGAGCAGCGGGGGUGGGGGCGUGGGGAGCAGCGGGGAGGGUGGCGUGGGGAGCAGCGGGGAGGGUGGCGUGGGGAGCAGCGGGGAGGGUGGCGUGGGGAGCAGCGGGGAGGGUGGCGUGGGGAGCAGUGGGAGUGGGGGCGUAGGGAGCAGCGGGGGUGGGGGCGUGGGGAGCAGCGGGGGUGGGGGCGUGGGGAGCAGCGGGGGUGGGGGCGUGGGGAGCAGUGGGAGUGGGGGCGUGGGGAGCAGUGGGGGUGGGGGCGUGGGGAGCAGUGGGAGUGGGGGCGUGGGGAGCAGUGGGAGUGGGGGCGUGGGGAGCAGUGGGGGUGGGGGCGUGGGGAGCAGUGGGAUUGGGGGCGUGGGGAGCAGCGGGAGUGGGGGCGUGGGGAGCAGCGGGGGUGGGGGCGUGGGGAGCAGUGGGAGUGGGGGCGUGGGGAGCAGCGGGGGUGGGGGCGUGGGGAGCAGUGGGAGUGGGGGCGUGGGGAGCAGCGGGGGUGGGGGCGUGGGGAGCAGUGGGAGUGGGGGCGUGGGGAGCAGCGGGGGUGGGGGCGUGGGGAGCAGUGGGAGUGGGGGCGUGGGGAGCAGCGGGGGUGGGGGCGUGGGGAGCAGUGGGAGUGGGGGCGUGGGGAGCAGCGGGGGUGGGGGCGUGGGGAGCAGUGGGAGUGGGGGCGUGGGGAGCAGCGGGGGUGGGGGCGUGGGGAGCAGUUGGAGUGGGGGCGUGGGGAGCAGUGGGAGUGGGGGCGUGGGGAGCAGCGGGGGUGGGGGCGUGGGGAGCAGUGGGAGUGGGGGCGUGGGGAGCAGCGGGGGUGGGGGCGUGGGGAGCAGUGGGAGUGGGGGCGUGGGGAGCAGCGGGGGUGGGGGCGUGGGGAGCAGUGGGAGUGGGGGCGUGGGGAGCAGCGGGGGUGGGGGCGUGGGGAGCAGUGGGAGUGGGGGCGUGGGGAGCAGCGGGGGUGGGGGCGUGGGGAGCAGUGGGAGUGGGGGCGUGGGGAGCAGCGGGGGUGGGGGCGUGGGGAGCAGUGGGAGUGGGGGCGUGGGGAGCAGCGGGGGUGGGGGCGUGGGGAGCAGUGGGAGUGGGGGCGUGGGGAGCAGCGGGGGUGGGGGCGUGGGGAGCAGCGGGAGUGGGGGCGUGGGGAGCAGCGGGGGUGGGGGCGUGGGGAGCAGCGGGAGUGGGGGCGUGGGGAGCAGCGGGGGUGGGGGCGUGGGGAGCAGUGGGAGUGGGGGCGUGGGGAGCAGCGGGGGUGGGGGCGUGGGGAGCAGUGGGAAUGGGGGCGUGGGGAGCAGCGGGGGUGGGGGCGUGGGGAGCAGUGGGAGUGGGGGCGUGGGGAGCAGCGGGGGUGGGGGCGUGGGGAGCAGCGGGAGUGGGGGCGUGGGGAGCAGCGGGGGUGGGGGCGUGGGGAGCAGUGGGAGUGGGGGCGUGGGGAGCAGCGGGGGUGGGGGCGUGGGGAGCAGUGGGAGUGGGGGCGUGGGGAGCAGCGGGGGUGGGGGCGUGGGGAGCAGUGGGAGUGGGGGCGUGGGGAGCAGCGGGGGUGGGGGCGUGGGGAGCAGUGGGAGUGGGGGCGUGGGGAGCAGUGGGAGUGGGGGCGUGGGGAGCAGCGGGGGUGGGGGCGUGGGGAGCAGUGGGAGUGGGGGCGUGGGGAGCAGCGGGGGUGGGGGCGUGGGGAGCAGUGGGAGUGGGGGCGUGGGGAGCAGCGGGGGUGGGGGCGUGGGGAGCAGUGGGAGUGGGGGCGUGGGGAGCAGCGAGGGUGGGGGCGUGGGGAGCAGCGGGGGUGGGGGCGUGGGGAGCAGCGGGGGUGGGGGCGUGGGGAGCAGCGGGGGUGGGGGCGUGGGGAGCAGUGGGAGUGGGGGCGUGGGGAGCAGCGGGGGUGGGGGCGUGGGGAGCAGUGGGGGUGGGGGCGUGGGGAGCAGUGGGAGUGGGGGCGUGGGGAGCAGUGGGAGUGGGGGCGUGGGGAGCAGCGGGGGUGGGGGCGUGGGGAGCAGUGGGAGUGGGGGCGUGGGGAGCAGCGGGGGUGGGGGCGUGGGGAGCAGUGGGAGUGGGGGCGUGGGGAGCAGCGGGGGUGGGGGCGUGGGGAGCAGUGGGAGUGGGGGCGUGGGGAGCAGCGGGGGUGGGGGCGUGGGGAGCAGCGGGGAGGGUGGCGUGGGGAGCAGCGGGGAGGGUGGCGUGGGGAGCAGCGGGGAGGGUGGCGUGGGGAGCAGCGGGGAGGGUGGCGUGGGGAGCAGUGGGAGUGGGGGCGUGGGGAGCAGCGGGGGUGGGGGCGUGGGGAGCAGCGGGGGUGGGGGCGUGGGGAGCAGUGGGAGUGGGGGCGUGGGGAGCAGUGGGGGUGGGGGCGUGGGGAGCAGUGGGGGUGGGGGCGUGGGGAGCAGUGGGAUUGGGGGCGUGGGGAGCAGCGGGGGUGGGGGCGUGGGGAGCAGUGGGAGUGGGGGCGUGGGGAGCAGCGGGGGUGGGGGCGUGGGGAGCAGCAGGGGUGGGGGCGUAGGGAGCAGCAGGGGUGGGGGCGUAGGGAGCAGCGGGGGUGGGGGCGUGGGGAGCAGUGGGAGUGGGGGCGUGGGGAGCAGCGGGGGUGGGGGCGUGGGGAGCAGCGGGGAGGGUGGCGUGGGGAGCAGCGGGGAGGGUGGCGUGGGGAGCAGCGGGGAGGGUGGCGUGGGGAGCAGCGGGGAGGGUGGCGUGGGGAGCAGCGGGGAGGGUGGCGUGGGGAGCAGCGGGGAGGGUGGCGUGGGGAGCAGCGGGGAGGGUGGCGUGGGGAGCAGCGGGGAGGGUGGCGUGGGGAGCAGCGGGGAGGGUGGCGUGGGGAGCAGCGGGGAGGGUGGCGUGGGGAGCAGCGGGGAGGGUGGCGUGGGGAGCAGCGGGGAGGGUGGCGUGGGGAGCAGCGGGGAGGGUGGCGUGGGGAGCAGCGGGGAGGGUGGCGUGGGGAGCAGCGGGGAGGGUGGCGUGGGGAGCAGCGGGGAGGGUGGCGUGGGGAGCAGCGGGGAGGGUGGCGUGGGGAGCAGCGGGGAGGGUGGCGUGGGAGCAGCGGGGAGGGUGGCGUGGGGAGCAGCGGGGAGGGUGGCGUGGGGAGUAGCGGGGAGGGUGGCGUGGGGAGCAGCGGGGAGGGUGGCGUGGGGAGCAGCGGGGAGGGUGGCGUGGGGAGCAGCGGGGAGGGUGGCGUGGGGAGCAGCGGGGAGGGUGGCGUGGGGAGCAGCGGGGAGGGUGGCGUGGGGAGCAGCGGGGAGGGUGGCGUGGGGAGCAGCGGGGAGGGUGGCGUGGGGAGCAGCGGGGAGGGUGGCUUUGAGGGGAACCAAAGGGCAAGGCAAGUGA